CUACCGUCAGACCAAAAAAUGAAGUAGAACAGAAGCAGCUAUGUGCCUUUGGGGAGUACGUGGCUGAGAUUCUGCCUAAGUAUAUCCAGCAAGCGCAGGUGACCUGUUUCAAUGAGCUGGAACUGUUGAUCCAUCCCGAUGGGAUCAUUCCAGUUCUGACCUUCCUUCGAGAUCACACUAACGCACAGUUCAAAUCCUUGGCUGACCUGACUGCUGUUGAUGUCCCGUCUCGGCAAUACCGCUUCGAGAUUGUGUACAAUCUCCUGUCUCUGCGGUUCAACAGUCGGAUCCGUGUGAAGACGUACACCGACGAGCUGACCCCUGUCGAUUCAGCGGUGUCUGUGCACAAGGCAGCAAACUGGUAUGAGAGAGAGGUUUGGGACAUGUUUGGUGUUUUCUUUGCCAACCACCCCGAUCUAAGGCGAAUCCUCACGGACUAUGGGUUUGAGGGCCAUCCCUUCCGAAAGGACUUUCCGCUCUCUGGUUACGUGGAGGUGCGGUAUGAUGACGAAGUGAAACGGGUCGUGGCGGAACCCGUGGAGCUAUCUCAGGAAUUUCGCAAGUUUGAUCUGAAUAGUCCUUGGGAGGCGUUUCCAGCCUAUCGUGCAGCUCCAGAACCCCUGAAAAUAGAAGCAGGAGCCAAGAAAGAAGAUGCAAAAUAGCAGCAGAACGGAGUGGAUGCGCAGUGCUAACCUUUCUGUUCUAACAGUAUUUAUAAUAAUAAAAAUUGGUAUGAGA